AUGCUGUACCGCCUGCAGUCCUGCCUCAAGUAUUUCGCCUUACUGGGUAUUGUGCCCUGGACAGAGACCUGCGGACCGUGUCAGUAUUUUCAAAAGAUAUAUUCCAUAUUUCUAAUGUCCAUAAAUCUGGUGAUAUUCGGUAUGGAGAUCCACAUUCCACAAAAAGAUUCAUUGCUCCUUUCGCUGCUGGUCAGCGCGAUUGUGUUUAUUGCAAAGGUUCUGUGCAUGACGGUUAUCCUGCUGCAAAUGAUGUGCCAGUACGAAGGAUAUUAUGGGUUCUGUAAGGAGUUCCAGCGCGUAAGGGAGCGCCUAGAAGUGCAGCUAAAGAUGGGAGCAUUGUCAUAUCCCCGCAGGCGGUAUAUUAAAAUUAUGUUUCUGGGAAUGGCCAGCCUUGUGACAAUGGCUUCCCUGAUUUAUACAUCCUUUAUUGCGAGUUUGAUGUACUUUUGGUCCUCGUGUGUGGCCCUCAUCAUCAUCAGACUGCAGUGUGUGCUGCUCCUGUUUUAUGUGGAUUUAAUGGGUUUUCAUGUGGAGCUCCUGGGGAAACGCAUUCGGGAUGUGCUGCACUGUCACUCGUCGGGUGGAAAUUGCGUCCCGGAUGGCAAUUGCAAGCAGCUGCGUUCCCUGGAAUUUCUCCUCGAACUUAAACAAAGCCACAUGGAGGUCUUUGAUCUUUUCAGUCACUUUAAUGAUCUUUUUGGCUGGUCAAUUUUGAGUAUAUUCGUGGUGAUGUUCAUGGAUGGCACGGUGAAUAUUUACUGGACCCAACAGGUCCUAGCAGGUGUAUAUGGACUGGUGUAUCUCAAUGCCACAUUCUCGUUUUCCGUGCCGUCGCUGGCUCUAAUAUUUGCUUUCUGUCGCUGUGGGGAGUACUGCAAGAGGCAGCAAAUGCUGAUCGGCAGCUAUGUUCGGGGAUUGGCAUACGGCACUCCUUCCCUUCAGCAGUCCAAGGAACCCGCGUACACUGAACUGUUGACUGAAUUUACCCUGCAAGUGGAGCACAAUGUAUUGGCCAUUAAUGCCGAGGGCUUUAUGGUCAUUGAUAAUUCCCUGCUCAUGUCGAUGUUUGCGGCAAUGGUUACCUAUUUGAUUGUUUUAAUGCAAUUCAGUGCAUCGUAGAAAAAUGAUGGCAAAACAUGUUUGUGGACUUAG